CUUUCAGCAUCGCUAUGAACAAAUCUGCAGUCAAAUUUAGAUGAGUGUGGUAAACGCAGCAACUCACUGUGACAAAAAAAGGUAGACAAAGCAAAAAGCUGUGAGCGCAUUGAUUGAGGGCGUCGGUGGCAGCUUGAGUGGUAAGAAAUGAAGAUGUCAGAUGGAGUUCUCGUCUUCCUGCUCUUCUCUCUGUUCGCUGCAAUGGCAGCAUCAGCCAUGGAAGUGGCAGCUGAGGAUCUUGGAGUCAGCUUGGCCGGAACGAAGCAGCAGAAACACAAGCACUCUGGAUUUUCACAAGCAGAGUGCCCAGGUGCUUGUCAGUUCAGAUGCUCCAAGACUGCGUAUAAGAAGCCUUGCUUGUUCUUUUGUCAGAAGUGUUGCUACAAGUGCAAGUGUGUUCCCCCAGGGACCUAUGCACACAAGGAGGCGUGCCCAUGUUACAAUAACUGGAAGACCAAGAGAGGGGGGCCUAAGUGCCCUUGAAGACUCAAUUUCAAGUUUUAAGAGCUCCCUCACUUGGUUAUCAGAGACAAACUCAAUAUUAUUGUGCCUCUAUUUGUUAUUUAACAUCAACUGAUGGAUUUGUUCUAAUGCAAAUGCUGCUCGCAUAUCCUAUUGGCUCAAA